AUGAGAAAAGGGUUAAUAUAUAGGGCAAUUCUUUGUAAUAUUUUACUUAUCUUAAUCGAAAAAAGUCAUCAGAAUAAUAUAUAUAAAGUAAAUGGAAAUAAUGAAAACUUUCAGUUUUCACAUUUGAAUUUUUAUUCAAAGAACAAUGAAGGUUUAAAUUUUGGAAAGAGGAAAGUUUCGAAGGGUAGUAAUUUAUCAACUGAAAAAUCUUCAGAUAAUAAUAAUGAUAAUGAUUAUUCUUAUAAAUAUUAUAAUAGUAGUAGUAGAAGAAAAAAAGAUAAUAAAAAUAAUGUGCAUUCGUCAAAUUUAUUUAGACCCCAUUUAUUUGUUACAUUGAAUGAAAAACGUUUUGUUAACAGUCCAACACAUAAUUCUUUCAUAAAUAAGAUAAAGGUAGGGGGUUCCCAAGAGGUUAAUAAUAAUGCCGUGAGUUCUGUUAAAAAUCCUUUAUCAGAUGAUUUAAGAAAUAAUAUUAUAGAAAAUGAAGAUCCUAAAUUAUUAGAUGAUAAUAAUUUAUAUCAAAUAGAUAUGAUAGAUGAAAAUGGCAAUUUAAAAUUUUCUUUAUACCCACAUUAUGUGAAUAUCCAUGCAUGCAAAGAAAUGAUUCAUUAUAGUACUUAUUAUAAUGAUGCAACGGAAAAUAAGAAUAGUAAUUUAUAUAAAAUAUUAGAACCUUUAUCUAAAUAUAUGCAUGAAGUUAAAAGUAAUUGUUUGAAUGAUAAGAAUAAAUUAUUAAAUGAAAUACACAAUUUAGAGGAUCCUAAAUAUUAUAAGAAUAAUGUACAAGAUAUGUAUGAUGAGAAUAUAAAAAAUUAUCAAUUCUUAAGAAAUGAAUUUGAAAAAUGCUUAAAUAAAUAUGAUGAACAUAUUAAUAAAAAAAUUUAUGAAAUGAAUACAGAUAUUCGAAAUAUGUUAAGUAAUACAAUUUGUAGAAAUAAUAUAUGUGAUUUAAAAAAUUAUAAUUUGAUUGUUGAAUUAUAUUUAUUUCACAUUAACGAAUUACCUGAAAAGGCUUAUCAUAAUAAUCUAAAUAAUGCAAAAGAACUUUUGGAAUUUACUUCUAAUGUCUUAAAUGAUAUGGACAAGAGAAUAUUGGGAGAUAAGAAAACUUUAUAUUCUAUUAAUUUUGUACAGUCAGAAAUUAAUGAUAUUAUUAAGAGAUAUAAUUUUCACUUAAAUCAUAUUAACAAGGGAAUAAGUGAAAUAAAACAUAUAUCAACUAAGCAAGGACGUUUACCUAAUUUGAAUAAAACAAUACUUAUGAACAAAAGUUUUGAACUUGCUAAGACAUUUUCCAACUUUAAAAUUAGUACAGAAAUUCUUGAUAUGUUAAAUAUUUUAUUGAAUAGGAAAAAAGGCAUAUUACAAGAGUUAUUAAAUACUUUAAUAGAAGAUAUAAAAAUACGAUUGAAGAAUAUUUUAUAUCCAAACAAUUUAGAUUCAGAAUAUAAGAAUAUAACAUCUAAAGCUAAAAUAACAUUAGAUGCAGCUGAAAAGUGUUUUUCGGAAAAUAAGUGGAAAAUAAAAGAUUAUGAUAUGGGUUCUACCUUAGAAAUGAUAAGUGUAAAAAAUAAUGGAUAUGAAAAAUUAUAUAUAUUAGAAAAAUCUAUAAACAAAUUAAAGAAAUUACUUAAUGAUAUAAAUAAUAAAUAUGAAACAAUUAAAAAGGCUAAAAUAAAAUUAGACGGAUUAUAUGAAUAUAAAUCCGCUGAUAGUACUGAGCAGAAAAAAAAUCUAAUGAAUCUUUUACAUAUUAUAGAAAGUAUAAAAGAAAAUGAUAAAAUACAAAAUUUAGAACAUUAUUUUAUAGAUAUCAAUAAUAUAAAUUUAGAAACGAAUUUGUUAAUAGAAAAUGUACAAAAUUCAUUAAACCAAUUAAUGAAGUUAAAGGAAGAUGAAAAGAGAAAGAAUACCUUAAUUAAAGAAAUUAAAUCAAAGAUGGAUAAUAUAAAUGAAAAGUUAAAACAAAUGUAUGAUAUUAUAUAUAUAAAUGAUAUAAUAAAUCAUACAGCAUUAGAAAUUGAAAUAUUAUUUGAUGAAAAUUCAUUAGUUCUAAAUGAUUAUAUAACAAAAACAAAUAAGAUAUUAGAUAAUAUAAAUAUUAUUAAUAAGGAUUUUUUUAAUAACAACAACAAUAAUAAUAAUAACAAUAAUAAUAACAUAAACAAUGAACAUUAUUAUAUUCAUAAUAAUUUGAAAAAAUUUUUUAAAGAUAGAAAAGAUUUUAUAGAUAAAAAUGUAAAUUAUAUAUAUGAAAUACAUAGUACGCAAGAUAUUAUUAUCAUGUUAAAUAAUACUAUUAGUGAAUACAACAAAUUAGAGUUUAUCAAUUCAGACAUUUUUCAUAAUAUUAUUAAGAAACUAAAAAAAGAAUUACAAGAUCUUGUGACACUUAAAGAAAGCUUAAUGAAGAUGAAUCACAAUGUAUUGAAAAUGGAUCCUCUAAAAAGUUUAAAUCAAGUACUAGAAAAAUAUAAAGAAUUAAAAAAAAAUGUAAAUGAAUAUUCUAAUGAAAAAAACAAAUUAGAUGAAUUUAAAAAGCAAAUGGAAAGUCGAUUAAAUGCAUUUAUUACAAAUUUAAAUAAUAAUGAUGAAACCUUAGUUGAUGGAAAAAAUAUAUAUGAUCAAUUUGUAGAAUAUAAAGAACAAUUAUUAAUAAAAAAAAGAAUUAUUAUAAAUAAUGAAAUUGUUAUAAUUAAUGAUGAAGUAAAAAAAAUUAAGGAUGAAUUAAAAAGCUAUAAUAUUCUAUCAUAUAAAUUAGAAAAUGAUACAUCUCAUGAUGUAGUUAAUUCUGUAGAAAAUACACCAAGUUCUGAUGUUGCUACAACUGUGUCUAAUUCUUCAUCUAUUCUUUCUACAUAUGAUCCUACUGAAUUGAAUAAAUUACGUAACUUCUUUUCUGAAAAGGACGAUGAAUUAAAUGUUGAAAGUAAAGUAAAACAUGAUGAAAACAUUUUUAUUGAAAAGAAUAAAAUAUUCGAUGACAUAAUAAAAGAUAUUGAAUUAUAUAAUAAGAAAACCAAUGCAAUCAAAAUCUUAAAUAAUGCCAUAAAUGGAUCUAUGAAUAAUUUGUCCUUAAUUGAUUCAGUAAUGAAAAAUAAAGGUAACAUUAUAAAUAGAUUAUCUCAAAGAUCCUAUUUAAUACAGACAGAUAAUUUUAUAGAUAUAUAUGAAAAAAUAUUUUUAAAAGAUAAUUUAAAUAAAGGUUUAGAUGAAAUAGAAAAUAGAUUAUCUAAUACUUAUAUGAACGAGUUGAAAAUAGAAGCAGAAAUGCAAAAUGAGGAGUAUAGGAAAUUAAAGGAAAAUAUAAAUACAUAUGAUGAUACAUUUUUAGAGAAAUUAAUAGGAAAUAAAUAUGAAUGGGAAGUUCUCAAAAUUGAAUUAAAUGGUUUAAAUGUAAAUUAUAAUAUAUUACAAGCAAAUAUAGAUACCUUAAUAAUUAAACCUUAUAUAGACCAUAUUGAUCAUAUUAUAUCAUUAAUAGAAACUUUGAAGCAUAAUAUAGAGAAUAAAAUUAAGAAGGUGAUACUUAAUUUAGAAAGUUUAAAAGAUUUUAUUCAAACAAACUUUAACACAAAUGAUAUUAAAUUAGAUCCUAAUAAUCUUAUUAGUAUACGUGUUGAUAACAGGGAUUAUAAUCAUAUGAAACUUUUAGAAGAAAAAAAAGAGGAUUUAUUCAAAAAUAUUAAUGAUAAAAAAGAUGAAAUAGAAAAACUAAAAUUAAAAUUAGAAGAAAACAUGAAUAAUACUAAAAAGGAAAUGGAGAAUACGAAUAUAAGUUAUGGAAUUAAGAAAAAGAAUUUGAUUGAUAUAUAUGAAAGUAUGAACAGUUUAUUGAAAUCUAUUAUUACGACUGAUGAAAAUUUAUAUAAAUUACAAAAUGUGGAUGAUUUUAGAUUAUUAUAUGAAUUAAUAUUAAUAGAAGAGAUUAAUGAAAAAAUUAAAAAUCAAAUCAAAGAAUCUUCUGUAGAACGAGUAGAAAUUGAAUUGUAUAAAGAAAAAAUUAUUCUUAGUAUGAAUAAUUCUAUAAAGGAAGAUAUAUCAAAACUUACAACAUUCAAAUAUAAUGAAAUAUAUAAUGAAUGUAUUACGAAAGAAAACAAUAUAAAAGAGCUCUAUACAAAAUCAUCUUCAUUAUUAGAAGAGUCUUGUAGAGAUAAAAAUAUGGAUAUUAUUAAAAGUAACAAAUCAGUUCUUGAUGAAUACUUAAAGACAUCUAUUCAAAAUAACAAUGAUAUUAAAAAUAAUUUAGCUAGUUUAAAAAAUAUGUAUGCCAUAUUACAAUCUAUUGAAUUAGAUGCAGUUACUAAAUAUACCUUGGAAAAUAGUUAUAAAUGUGAAGACCAUGCUAGAGAUUUAGAAAUGGAAUUAGAAAAAGAGAGUGCGUUAUCAAAAAAUAUAAAAUUAAACAUUGAAAAAGCAGAAGAAUACAAAAAUAAAGUUUUAGGAUCUGAAAAACAUGAAUCAAUUGAUAUAUAUAUAAGAAAUAUUGAGAAAAUAAAACAAGACAUUUCUGUUAUAGAAUCUGAUAUAAUGACAUGCAUACAAAAUGCUUAUGAUAAUAAAACUAAAAGUAUGUUGAACUUUCAAAAUGUACAUAGAGGUAUAGAUCUUAUUGACAUUUUAAAUAAAAAAGAACAAGGAGUAAUACCAAUACCACCAGAAAGUGGAAAUAUAUCAGAAGAACAUGAAGGUCAAAAUAUUAAUGAUUAUUAUCAGAAGUGUAAAGCAUAUUCAGAAGAAGCUUCGGAUAAUUAUAAUGAAAUUUCUUAUAGAAAAGAUUCUUUAUUAGAAUUCGAAAAGAAAAUAACAAAUAUAUUAAAUGAUGUUUUAAUUUUUAAUAUGAAGAAAACCCUUGAAAAUAAAAAGGACAGUGUAAAUAAUAUUUUGGAAGGAAUGAAAUUAACAGCAUCUAUAAUCAAUGAGAAAUCUCAAGUAUUGUCUAAAAAAAUCAGAGUAUUAAGAAAUCAAAAAAAUAUAAAAGAUGAUGAAGAAUUAUUAAAUAAUGAAAAAUCUAAAAUUGCAUAUGAACAAUUCGAAUUAUAUAUGGGUAAACUAGAAUAUGCUAUACCGGAUAUAAAUCGUUUAAAUGAUAAGGCAGAAAGAAUGUUUAACAAAGCUCAAUUUUUGAUGAAACCUAUGUUAGAUAUGUCUCUUAUAUUAGAAAAUAAGAAUUUAGAGGAAUUAAAAAAUAAAGAACAUGAAUAUAUGGAAAAUAUUGAAUAUAUACAAGAUGAAGAAAAAAAUAUUAAAUAUGAAUUAACUAAAUUAACUGAAGUUAUUCAAUUUGUUGAUAAUAUAGAACAUUUGUUAGAAAAAUAUAGAAAAUAUUAUGAACAAGGGAAUUUAGAAAAUGUAUAUAACAAUUCUAAUAAUAUCAAAGAUCGUAUAGAAGAAACAAAAAAUUCAUUAAGUGUGUUAGUUAAUAUAUUUUCAUCUAUAAAAAAUAACAUAUAUUUAAAAAAGCAUAGUGUUAAGAUGGAAGAUUUAAAUAGUUAUAUAAAGAAAAUGAAUGAUAUAUAUAAUAAAUUCAUGGAAUCCUACAAUCUGUUACAAAAAACUAUUAUUGAAUCAUCUAAUGAUGAUAUAGAAUAUGAAGAAUUAAAACAAGCAAACCGAAGCAUAGAAAAAUUUGAAAUACAACUUGUAAAAGCAGAAGAAGAUAUGAAAUUAUAUUGGAAUAGUAUUAAAAAUGAUGUAUAUAAUAAAUUAGUAUAUUAUAUUAAAGAUAUGUUAUUAGAAUUAGACAAUCGAUGUAAAUCAGUCGAUACAAUAUUAAAUGAAGGUUUUGAUUAUAUAAAUAAAUGUGCUAAAGACAGUAAUGUUUCGGGUGAUUAUGAUAAUACAUAUAAUGAAUUAAAUAAAGCAAUUAAUAAAUAUAAAGAAAUACAUGAAAAGUCUAAUUUUGUUUGUAAAAAUGAAGCAGAAAGUUUGUUUGGAAUUAUUGUAAAGUCUUCAAAUAUUAUAGGCAUGAAAAUAAUAACAGGUUUAGGUUUAGAGUUAAAAGAAGAUGUUGAUUUAGGUACUAUGUCUUUAUUAAAUUCAAGUUUACAUUUUCAUACUGCAUCUAUAAAUAAAUUAUAUUUUACGAUAGAAUCUGAUGUGUAUGAUAAAAUAAAUGAUUGUUUAAAGUCUUCUCUUGAUAUAGUAAAAUAUUCGUUUGAUAUUGAAAAGAAGAAAAGACAAAUUAAUAGUAUAAUGGAAGAAAUAAAUAACGUACAUGCUCAUAUUACAAUAAAGAUUGAACUAGCUAAUAUGAUUAAUGAUUCUAGAAAUAAAAUAAGUGUGGUUUUAAAUAAAAUAUAUGUAUCUAUAAAUAAAAUUAAAAAUGUAAAAGAAAUGACAUGUGAUGAUAGUAGUUAUCAUAUGAUAAUGGAAAAAGGUGAAUAUGAUAAAUUAAAAGAAUAUUAUAAAAAUUAUAAUGAAGAAAAAAUGGCUACUUUAAAUGAAUUGAAUACAAAUAAAUUAAAAGACGAUUUGAAUUCUUGUAAAAAAUUGUUAGAUAAAUUACAAAACACAAUGAAAAACGCAAUUGAAGAAGAAUCUUCUAAGAAGGUUAUAGAGGAUAUAAAAAAAUCAUAUGACGAAAUAAAUGGGCGUAUUGGUAAUACAGAAAUGGAUGCGGAAGCAAUAAAUGUGGUUUUAGAAGAAUUAGUUAAGAAACAAAAUAAAUGUAAAGCAUCUUGGUAUACAUCAUUAAUUGGAAAAAUGAAUACUAAAAUGUCUUUUGAUAAAAAGAGAUUUGUUGAUAGACAAAAAAUAUCUCAAUCUUUUUUAGAUUCUAUGAAAUUGAAUGUUAAUAUGAUUAAUAAAAUGAUUAAUAAGAUAAAUAAUCAUUUUGAUAAACAUGAAAUAAAUAAUUAUUCCUUAGGUAGUGUUGAGAAAAUGAUGAAUUACAUAAAUGAUUCAAAUGAGAAAGGAACAAGUGUUAUCGAAUUAAUUGACAAUUUGACUAAAAAAAUAUCAAUAAAUAACAGUAAUAAUAAUAAUAAUAAUAAUAAUAAUAAUAAUAAUGAUAUAAUAAAUUUUAUAAAUAAUACUAAAGAAAACCUUAUAACCAAUUAUGAAAAUUUAGGUAAGAAAGAAAAGGAUUUAGAAAAUAUUUAUUUAAAAAUAUUUUUUAGUAAAUUAGAAGAAAUAGAAAAAUCAUCUGAAAAAUAUUUUUAUAUAUCUAAAGCAUUUAAUAAUGUGGUUAAAUAUCAAGGUCAAAAAUUAUCAGACAAUAUACAUAGGAUGAAUAAUAUAAAAAAUAUUAUAGAAGAGAAAGAAAGCAUUUUAAAUAAUAUUAAUAAAAAUUUUACAUUAGAUACUAUUAAAGAAUUUAAUAAAGCUUAUGAUAAUAUUUUAUUUCAUAUGCGCGAUUUAUAUGAUUUAGAAGAAUCAAAAUAUGAUGUAGGAAGAAAAUUAAAUAUAUAUAUAGAAUAUAUAUAUGAGAUAAGAAAUAAAUCAAAUAAUUUAAUAAAUAAUUUUUAUGAUAUUAGAAAUACUGGAUAUAUAAUGAUUCAUGAAACUGAACAAUUAAAAAAUGAUAUAAAUGAAUAUAUGAAUAAAAUAAAUAAAAAUAUAAAUAAUACUAAUAAAGAAUUUUAUAUAACAUUAAGAAAUAUAAAGACAAAUAAGAACGUUGUAAAUAAUAAUCAUGAAAUUAAGAAAGUCAUCGAUAAUUUUUGGAAUCAUUUAGAUACUAUAAAAGCAAACUUUUCUACAUUUUUACCACAAAGUGAAAAAUUGGUUUUAAUUAAAAGUUAUUUAAAUGACAUAAAAAAUAUAAUGAAUGAACUUAUGAGAAAAGAACAAGUUGAUGUUAGUAUUCAAACAUGUACCAGAAAUUUAGAUGUAGAAUUGGAAAAAAUAAAUAAAAUUAAACAAAAUAAUGCAAUAACAGAUGAUAUGGUUGAGAAUCUAUUUUCACUUAAAGAUAAAUAUAAAAAUGAAUUCUUAUUAACAAAAGAUAUCUUAAAAAGAGUACAAGAUAAGCAUCAAGAAAUGAAUAAGAUAUAUAGAACAUUAACUGUAAAUACUGAUAACAAUGAAAAUAAAUUUGCCUUAAAAUAUUUGAGCGAUGUAAAUGCUUUUAUUAAUGAAAUAAAAUUAUCUGUAAGUACUAUGGAAAAUUUUUUGAAUAUUAUAGAUGGAAAAACAAAGAAUUUAGAAAUACAUAGAGAUCCUAAGUUGUAUAGUAAUAAUCCAGUUACUUUAUCUCGUGAUGGUAAGAAUGAUAUUGAAGAAGAAGAAGAUGAGGAAGAUGAAAAAAAUAUAAACAACUCCCAAGAUACCACAUUAAGUUAUCAUGAAAAUGAAAAAGUUAGACAAAAUGAUAAUACAAACAAAGGACAAUUAUUAAAUGAAGAAUAUGUAAAUGGAAGUAAAGAUAACACGAAAAAUUCGAAUAAUGGUAGAGAUAGAUUUAAUUAUAAUUAUUAUUCUAAUAAAGGUUUUUAUUACACCCAGAUUAAAUAUGCUUCAGGAUUUGUUAUUGGUUUAAUUAUUUGUUCUAGUGUUGGAUAUAUAUUUAGAAAAGAAAUUAAUAUCAGUGAAGUUGAUUUUAAUGGAAAUGUUCAAGAUUUCCAUUUUAUUAAAGCAAAUAAUCUGAGAGAUAAGGAUGAAAUAGUUGAAGCACCAUUUAAUGCAAAUGAUUAUAUUUAA